GCCGGGUAACAAAGUUCUGCGUGGAGCGAAAUCUUUGUUGUGAUUCGCGGUGUAAGCGCUUGGGUGCGUGCUGGUACCGACUCACAACAUGAAUAAGGACGCGCAGAUGAAGGCGGUCAUUAACCAGAAGCUCAUUGAGACAGGGGAGAGAGAACGACUGAAAGAACUUUUGAGAGCAAAACUGAUUGAAUGUGGAUGGAGAGACCAGCUUAAAGCACAUUGCAAAGAUGUGAUCAAUGAAAAAGGAGUGGAGCAUGUAACUGUUGAUGACUUGGUUGCAGAAAUAACUCCCAAAGGCAGAGCCCUUGUUCCUGACAGUGUGAAGAAAGAAUUGUUACAGAGGAUAAGAGCCUUCCUGGCCCAGCAUGCUAGUCUUUAGCAAGUGCAAGUGAAGAUGAAUUCAUUGUCAUUACCUUGUAAUGUGUUUUUAUACAUACACUUCUGUUUUUUUUUUUUAAUCUUGUUUAUUAAAUAAAAUGUCAUGUACUUAAACCAA